GCAGAUCUUGUGCAAGUCACAAUGAAAAUUUAUGCAGAUUUUGUGCAGAUAUUUUAGUACAAUAAAAUUUGUGCAUGAAAAGUAAACAUUAUGCACUAACACAUAUUUACAAGUCUAUUUGUACAAAAUGUUUACCAACUUUGUACGUAUUUCUGGGCAUCUACUUAGUAAUUAAAUAUAUGUAUAAGUUUUAUGCAAACUUAUCUACAUUAAAAUUGUACCAUAAAAUCUGUAUCAAAUAUGCACCAAAUAUGCACCAAAUAAUAUAUGAAUUCUGCUGCAGAUUUCCAUGCACCAAACUAGCAUCAAAUAUGCACAAAGAAAAAAAGGGUGAUCAGGCGCCAUCUUCAUGCUACACAGUUCUCUACUCAUUUCCUACAGCCGUCAAAACGUGGUUUUCUUCUUUCUUAAAAUAUUAAAUAAUUAAUUAACAUGGAAAAAUUGGUUCAAAGUGCAGACCAAAGUGAUAAAACUUUCACGGUUGUCGAGUUUCACUUAGAUAAUGGAGUAAGUGUUGUUCCAGGUUCUUGGAUAUCGGAAAAAGUAGGAAAAAAGUUUUGUCCGUUUCCUGAUCCGAUUCCGAAGGAUUUUGAAAGUAUUCAAUCCAACCUAAAUAGUGUUCCUGGCCAGGAUUGGAUUACUUAUGAAGUCACUUGUGUCAGAGUUCAUGAUAACUACAAAAGAGCACAGGGAAAAGCAAAAAAGCACAUUAGGAAUCAACAGGUUGACUCGACUGAUGCAGAAUUAGGACGAGGAAAACGAUUUCGAAAAAAUGAAGAAGUCCUUGUCACCCCGGCCGUAUCAGAACCACCUCCGUCGUUGCUUCAUCAAAUAAAUAGUGGUGAGAACUUUAAAAAAAGUACAUUUUAUAUUGAUCUUAAAAUGUAUAAAAAUAUCAAUUGUGGUUUAGGCUCGAGUCGGCAAGUGAACGGUCCUGCUAAAAUCCCAAACGAUCAACAGCUGCAGACCCUACAAAUUCCAUACAUACGAGUUGAGGCGGAUCAGCAACUCUCAGAGCUAUUUUCAGAAUUUAGAAAUUUUCAAGAAGAAUCAUUACGAAACCAAGCAUUUUUACUGGAACGAGUGCAAAAUUUGGAGAAUCUUCUAUUGAACUCAUUACAAAAUCGAGGUGCCAACUCCCGCUGGGCUGGAUGGAAAUGGCCAAUUAAAACAACAGCUGACGUGGAUGCAGUCGAAUUAUGGUUAUUGGACCCACGCAACUACCAGGAAGAAGUUUUGAUAUUGUCAAAAGUUGGUGGUAAUUCCGGUGGCACGAAGUGUGUUUACGACACCCUUGAUUGGAUGAUUUGUCAUCAACUGGCGCUGACCCUUCGCUAUACCAGUAAGAGUGGAAAAACAGCAGUUGGGGAUAAGUUAUUCGUAAAACUUACUCGUGAGUCCGUCAGACUAUCAAAUCCUGGAUUAACGGAUCGCCAGAUCAAUCGCUUCAUUGCUUCCUGGUUUCGACAGUCCUCACAACGUGAUAAAUCGAGAAAUGAAAACAAAACUUGUCACCCCACGCAGAACACUGCAACGGCGAGCGGAGAGGGUGGUCACCGCGGCACUCAAGAGAAUUCGAACUCAACGAACUCAACGUACGACAACGAUUCUGGCAGAGACGAGUAAUGAAGACGAAUCAAACAACCAGCAUUCUCGUCACAUCGCUAAUUUAGAACAUGUAGAAAGUAAUUUGCAAAUUGAGGAAGCUGAAAAUCUUAUGCCAACUUGUUCUGUUAUCCCACCAAUUAAUAAUAAGUCUAAAUUAAUUCAGUUAGGUAAAUGGGCAACCGAGUUUAAUAUUAGUCAUAUCGCUCUGUCAAAACUAUUAUAUUUAGCCCGUGAAUGGCUGCCUCAUGAGGGGUUUCCAAUGGAUCCUAGAACACUUUUAAAAACUAAACGGGUCAUAGAAAUUAGGGAUAUUGAAGGGGGAAAAUUUUAUCACUUCGGAAUCCUCAAACAUAUUAAUGAAGUAAUAGAAUCGGGGAACUUAUUAGAUUUUACAAUUCCCAAUUUGAGCAAUUUUCUAGAAUUACGGAAUCUUUUAACACUUAAAAUUGGAAUAGAUGGAUUGCCAAUUUCCAGAA